AUGAACGCCGUGUAUUACCAGGCGGUGCGUCCAUCAUACUCUCAUGAUAGGAUACCUAACUCAGCCGCCGCUUGCAGCCCAAACAGCAUCUGCGGCACGGACUCUCACGUCCAUGAAGGGGAGUUCAUCGCCAAGUUCCCUCUUAUCCCGGGCCACGAGGUGAUCGGUGUCGUCGAGAAGGUGGGCAAGGGCGUGGAGGGGUUUGCGAAAGGUGACCGAUGCGUCGCGGAUCCGUCGUCCGUCUGCGAGCGGUGCUUCUACUGCCGACGCGGCCAGCCUCUGCUCUGCGAGGACUACAACGGCAAAGGCGUCACCACGGCGGGCGGAUUCGCCGAAUACAUCGUCUUCUCGGCAGCCAAAGUAUACAAGAUCCACAACCUCACCGACGAAGAAGCUACGCUCGUCGAGCCCGCCGCAUGCGCGAUCCACGGCGUCGACAAGCUCGCCGCGCCCGUGGGCAUCGAGGCGCUCGUCAUCGGCGCGGGGCCCACGGGCCUCAUCCUCGCGCAGCUGCUCAAGCUCAACGGCGCCGCGCGCGUCGUCGUCGCCGCGAAUCGGGGCAUCAAGACGCGCAUCGCGCAGGAGCUCGGCGCGGCGGACGAGUAUGUCGAGCUGGACAGGGAGGCGCCCGAGGCGCAGUGGGCGAGGAUUAGGGAGGAGAAUCCGUAUGGGUUUGAUGUGGUGGUCGAGGCGACGGGAUCUGAGAAGGUUGCGAAUGACUCGAUCAACUAUGUCCGCCGGGGCGGGACGCUGAUGGUGUACGGCGUGUACGCUAACAGUGCCCAGGUCCACUGGGCGCCAUCCAAGAUCUUCGGAGAUGAGAUCAGGAUCAUCGGCUCGUUCGCGCAGAUGCAUUGCUUCCCUCGUGCAGUACAGUAUCUUGACAGCGGGAAGAUCAAGGUCAAGGGCAUGGUUACGGACGUGUUCAAGAUCGACGAGUACCAGAAGGCCCUGGACAAGAUGAGCAGCCGGGAUGCACUCAAGAUUGUUGUGAAGCCAUGA